AUAGUAGAUGGCAAGAUGACCAAGGUUCAGAUAAUCCUUCUCAUUGACAAUGCCAGGAGAGCAGUGGAUGACUUCAGCCUUAGGUAUGAAAAUGAACACUCCUUCAAGAAAAACUUGGAAAUUGAAGUUGAGAGUCUCCGAAAUAACUUGGAUGGUCUGACCAUUGUCACAACAGACCCGGAACAGGAGGUCGAGGGGGUGAGGAAAGAGCUCAUCCUCAUGAAGAAGCAUCAUGAGCAGGAAAUGGAAGAACAUCAUGUGCCAAAUGACUUCAAGGUCAAUGUGAAGGUGGAUACAACCCCGGGAGAAGAUCUGAUUAAUGUCCUGGGGGACAUGAGGCAGGAACAUGAGUGUAUAAUAAAGCAGCGUCAAGACUUGGACAGCUGAUAUAAAGAGCAGUUCGCAGCCACGACCCAGGAGGUGGCCCGUCCAACAGCUGUGCAGAGCAGCCAAAGUGAUAUCCAUGAGCUGAAGCGCACUCUCCAGGCCCUGGAGAUUGACCCGCAGGCACAGUGCAACAAGAAAUCUGCUUUAGAAAACACGUUAUCAGAGACCCAGUCUCGGUAUUCCUGCCAACUCCAGGACAUACAAAGAAUCAUCUCCCACUACGAGGAGGAACUGAUGCAGCCACAGCAUGAUCUGGAGCAUCUGAGCAACGAAUAUAAGGUCCUCCUGGGCAUCAAAACCCACCUCGAGAAGGAAAUCGCCACCUACCGCCAGCUCCUGGAUGGAGAGAAUGGAGGGACAAUGGAAGAAUCUAAGUCGAGUGUGAAAGCUCGAAAGAUCAAGGUCAUCAUACAGGACAGCAUCAAUGGAAGAAGAAUUCUUUCUCAGGUGAAUGAGAUCUAA